CCGCGCCUGAUUCAGCUCACCCUGGGGCCUGUCUGACAAUCUUCCGCUCCGCCUAAGCUGGGGCUUGGGUUUUGGGCCCUCAGCAUCCACGCGGACUGAGUCCAGUGCCUGACGCGGAGCAGUCGCGGCAGGCGGUAGGAAGGGCUGCCCUAAAGGGAGGCGGGGAGCUGCCGAGGCGCCAGCAUGGCGGCGGCUGUGCGCGCUGUGUGCUGCCUGCCUACCCUGUACGGCGGCCCGACGGGUCAUUUUUGGUCCAGGCAGCUUUCCCUAAGCGCCUUUCCAACAGUUUCCGUUUUGGCAUCAAAGACUACGACUCUCAGCAAUGGCACGUUGUCACCACGGGGCGCCAGAGAUGAUCGUCAUUUCACCAGCUUGAGCCGCCUGAUGCAGACACAGUGCUGUGUUUCUUCUCCCAGCAGCCUGUUGGGCCAGCAACAUAGACCCUAUAGUUUCUUCACUAAAUUGACGGCCGAUGAGCUGUGGAAGGGCGCGUUAGCAGAGUCUGGUGCUGGCAUAAGAAAAGGAAGAGGCAAAAGAACUAAGAAAAAGAGAAGAAAGGAUUUGAACAGGGGUCAGAUUAUUGGUGAAGGACAUUCUGGUUUCCUGUGGCCUGGCCUGAAUGCCCCUCUGGUGAGAAAUGGAGCAGUGCAGACCAUUGCCCAGAGAAGCAAGGAGGAGCAGGAGAAGGUGGAGGCCAACCUGACCCAGCAGCGAGAAGAGUGGGACCGGAAGAGGAAGGUUAAAGUGAAGCGGGAGCGCGGCUGGAGUGGCAACACAUGGGGCGGCGUCAGCAUCGGGCCCCCAGACCCCGGCCCCAAUGGAGAAACGUAUGAGGAUUUUGAUACCAGGAUACUAGAGGUAAGAAAUGUUUUCAAUAUGACAGCAAAAGAGGGAAGAAAGAAAUCGAUCCGAGUCCUGGUUGCCGUGGGGAACGGAAGAGGAGCUGCAGGUUUUGCCAUUGGGAAAGCCGCUGAACGGAUGGAUGCUUUCAGGAAAGCAAAGAACAAAGCAGUUAACUACUUGUAUUACAUAGAACGAUAUGAAGACCACACAAUAUUCCAUGACAUUUCAUUAAGAUUUAAAAGGACGCAUAUCAAGAUGAAGAAACAACCCAGAGGUUCCGGCCUGCACUGCCACCGGGCCAUCAUCACCAUCUGCCGGCUCAUUGGCAUCAAGGACUUGUACGCCAAGGUGUCCGGGUCCAUGAACAUGCUCAACCUCACCCGCGGCGUCUUCCAGGGCCUCUCCCGCCAGGAAACUCAUCAACAGCUGGCUGAUAAGAAGGGGCUACAUGUGGUGGAAUUCCGGGGGGAAUGUGGCCCUCUGCCUAUCGUGGUCGCCUCCCCCCGGGGGACCUUGAGAAAGGACCCGGAGCCAGAAGAGGAGGUUUCAGACGUCAGGCUGGACUGGGAGGAGGUGAAGGCCGCGCAGGGAAUGAAGCGCUCCGUGUGGUCAGGUUUGAAGCGAGCUGCCACCUGACCCGCUCCGGCCUGGUGCCGUCCACGCGCUCUGGGCUGUUGCCUUCUUUCUUGCAGGAAAAUCCAACCUUAGCAUCUUCAUUUGCAAAUAAAUAAUCUUUGCUUCGA